AUGCCCCUCAGCAGCCUGAAGAAAUAGAUGCUGCAAUGCACGCUCAAACACCUGUUACCACAAGUCCUUCUGCCUCCAGCACCACUUCAUUCAUGAGCAGCUCUCUUGAGGACACCACCACUGCAACUACGCCCGUCACUGACACAGAAACUGUGCCUGCCUCCGAGUCGCCCAGUGUAAUGCCACUCAGCCUUUUACGCCAAAUGUUCUCCAGUUAUCCAACUACCACAUUGCUGCCUAGUCGACGGGCACAGACCCCGCCUGUUUCUUCUCUACCAACCUCACCUUCAGAAGAGGUGGGCAGACGACAGAGUCUCACUUCACCUGAAUCCCAGCCUGCCCGACCAACAAACCGAACAGCCUCAUCUGAUCCUAGUAGUAGACUUUCAACUUCGCCGCCACCACCUCCAAUUGCUGUGCCUCUUUUGGAAAUGGGCUUUUCGCUGAGGCAGAUUACAAAAGCCAUGGAAGCCACAGGUGCCAGAGGAGAAGCAGAUGCCCAGAAUAUUACAGUUUUGGCAAUGUGGAUGAUAGAACACCCAAGUACAGAAGAAGAUAACGAGCCACCGUCUGCAAUCACUUCAGAUUCAUGCCAUGGGGCAACUGCUACAGGCAGUGGUGAUAAGUCCAGAGAUCAGGGCUAUUUCCAAUCACCUGGAGAAAUACCUUCUGUUGAUGCCACAGAGCUGGAGGAAGGGUUCAGUGAAAGCCCAAAUCAAUUGGAUCAAGAAGAAAAUGGUUCAUCUACCAAUGCAUCUUCUUCCAGAAACCGUUCAACUGUAACUAGGAGGCAAAAGUUUGAGGCUGCAGCUCGGACUCUGUUAGCACGUGCAGCAGGAUUGUACCGUUCAGUUCAGGCUCAUCGAAACCAAAGCCGGCGAGAGGGGAUGUCAAUGGCACAAGACCCAGCUGCCCUCUAUGACUUUAACCUCGAUGAAGAAUUGGAGAUUGACCUGGAUGAUGAAGCCAUGGAAGCCAUGUUUGGUCAGGACUUUGCAAGUGAUAGUGAUAUAUUGGGAAUGUGGAUUCCAGAGGUACUGGACUGGCCAACAUGGGUGUGUGGUUGCAGCUUGUGCUGCUUUUGCUUAUUUUAA